UGCUUCGUCUUUCACGGAGGGGAUAACACACACCCGGAGAAAAGGCCCGUUCAGCCAUGGCAGAUAACGCCGGCUUGGAAAACCACCGCAUUAAAAGCUUUAAAAAUAAAGGACGCGAUGUCGAGACUAUGAGAAGACAUCGAAAUGAAGUGACAGUUGAGUUGAGAAAGAAUAAACGAGACGAGCAUUUACUGAAGAAGCGAAAUGUCCCACAGGAGGAGAGUCUGGAGGACUCUGAUGUGGACUCAGACUUCAAAGGACAAAAUGUUACACUUGAUGCAAUCCUACAGAAUGCAACCAGCGAUAACGCAGUUAUACAACUCAGUGCUGUACAGGCAGCCAGAAAAUUACUCUCCAGUGACAGAAACCCUCCCAUUGAUGACUUGAUAAAGUCUGGGAUCCUGCCAAUUUUAGUCAAAUGUCUGGAAAGGGAUGAUAAUCCUUCUCUUCAGUUUGAGGCGGCCUGGGCUCUGACAAACAUUGCGUCUGGGACGUCAGCACAGACUCAGGCUGUGGUUAAAUCCAACGCAGUGCCCUUGUUCCUUCGGCUCCUACACUCUCCUCACCAGAAUGUAUGUGAACAGGCUGUUUGGGCUUUGGGAAACAUUAUUGGUGAUGGUCCACAGUGCAGGGAUUAUGUCAUUUCACUGGGAGUGGUCAAGCCUCUGCUCUCCUUCAUCAACCCAUCAAUCCCCAUCACCUUCCUCCGCAAUGUUACCUGGGUCAUUGUUAACCUCUGCCGCAACAAGGAUCCAUCUCCACCCAUGGAGACUGUGCAAGAGAUUUUACCCGCUCUCUGUGUGCUAAUAUAUCACACUGAUAUUAAUAUACUAGUAGACACGGUGUGGGCUCUGUCUUAUCUGACGGACGGAGGCAACGAGCAGAUCCAGAUGGUCAUUGAUUCUGGCGUGGUUCCAUUUCUCGUGCCUCUCCUCAGCCAUCAGGAGGUGAAAGUUCAGACGGCAGCUCUGAGGGCAGUCGGAAACAUUGUGACGGGAACAGACGAGCAGACGCAGGUGGUUCUGAACUGUGACGUCCUCUCACAUUUCCCCAACCUGCUCACCCACCCUAAAGAAAAGAUCAACAAGGAAGCAGUCUGGUUUCUGUCCAACAUCACAGCAGGCAACCAGCAGCAGGUCCAGGCUGUGAUUGAUGCCGGGUUAAUUCCUAUGAUCAUUCACCAACUGGCUAAGGGUGACUUUGGCACUCAGAAGGAGGCAGCAUGGGCCAUCAGUAACCUCACUAUCAGUGGAAGGAAAGACCAGGUGGAGUUCUUGGUGGAGCAGAACGUCAUCCCUCCGUUCUGUAACCUGCUGUCGGUGAAAGACUCUCAGGUGGUGCAGGUGGUCCUGGACGGCCUCAAGAAUAUUCUCAUCAUGGCUGGAGACGAAGCCAGUACUAUUGCUGAAAUCAUAGAGGAGUGUGGAGGUUUGGAGAAAAUAGAAAAUUUGCAGCAGCACGAGAAUGAAGAUAUCUACAAACUAGCCUUUGAAAUUAUUGAUCAGUACUUUUCAGGAGAUGAUAUUGAUGAAGAUCCCAGUUUGAUCCCUGAAACCACUCAAGGAGGAACCUUCAACUUUGAUUCAGCACCCAACAUGCAAACAAAGGAAUUUAAUUUCUAACAGCCCAGGAUUAGUUUCCACCAGUUGCACGGGUACUCUGUAGUUAUCGCAGACAUUCAUCCAUCUUCCCCAACAAUCAAACUCGAUACAGAAAGAUCCUUCAAAAGCAUCUCUUCAAAACUUGGAAACUCGCCACUGAAGGGUUUUCUCCUGUCCAUCUUGGCACUGUGGGGUGUUUUUAUAUUUUUUCUUUCUUUUUGGAGCAGAGCUACUCUUCAUAGGAGUCCUGGUUUUUCAACAGGCAGCGCAGCCACCUGGCAGCCUGCAUGAGGAGUACGGUCUGUGCUGCCAGCACAUCUAAAUAUCACUUGAAAGGUAAAACCCGGAAGGAAGAAAAAACCUUCUUGGCAUGAUUUGAUUGCCAAACGUUGAGUCUUUACAAAGACAAAAAAACAAGCACAUUUUCAGACACAA